AAAAACACUCCUCAAACAAAUAUCAGGAUUAGCUUUUUGGGCCCACGGCGGCUAAUAACUGGUGUCAGUCGGCGAGAUCCAUAAAUAUCAAAACCAGCCCCUUUAUCCGUUUGUCAGUAAAACCCUAACGCUUCCAAAACCCUAAACCGGACAUAUAUCCAUUGGUGAAAUACAAGGUGAAGCUCUCAAUCACAACUCUCUCUCAGCACAACAAUAUCUCCCAGAUCCUGUAAUUCUGACUUCCAUCUUCGUUCUGUUCCUUUUCUUCUCAUCAUCAUGGCAACUAGAAUUCAAUUUGAGAACUCAUGUGAUAUUGGGGUGUUCUCCAAGCUGACCAAUGCGUACUGUUUGGUUGCUAUUGGGGGUUCAGAAAAUUUCUACAGUACGUUUGAGGCUGAGUUAGCAGAUGCCAUACCUGUUGUUAAAACCUCCAUUGGUGGCACACGGAUAAUUGGACGGCUCUGUAUUGGAAACAAAAAUGGGCUUCUCUUGCCUCAUACCACAACCGACCAAGAACUUCAACACCUGAGAAACAGUCUGCCAGAUCAGGUUGUUGUUCAGCGCAUUGAAGAGAGGCUAUCUGCUCUUGGGAAUUGCAUAGCAUGCAAUGAUUAUGUUGCUCUAACACAUACUGAUCUUGACAAGGAAACAGAGGAGAUGAUUGCAGAUGUUCUUGGGGUAGAAGUUUUUAGGCAGACAAUUGCUGGUAAUACUCUUGUGGGCAGCUUCUGUGCCUUCUCCAAUAAAGGUGGCCUGGUCCAUCCUCAUACGUCCAUUGAAGACUUGGAUGAACUUUCAACCCUCCUUCAGGUCCCUUUGGUGGCAGGGACUGUGAACCGUGGUAGUGAAGUGAUCGCUGCUGGCUUGACUGUAAAUGACUGGACAGCAUUCUGUGGAUCAGACACUACAGCAACAGAAUUGUCCGUUAUUGAGAGCGUCUUCAAGUUGAGAGAAGCACAACCUACUGCCAUUGUUGAUGAGAUGAGGAAAUCAUUGAUCGACAGCUAUGUUUGAGUCAUUGAUUCUUGGUCAUAUUAUAAUUCAAUGUAUCAACAGCAUUGGCCUUGUUUCAUAGAGCUGCAACACUUGCCCUUAAAUUGUUGAUGAUGUGUUUUUUAUUAGUUUAUUUUGGCAUGAGAAAUGAGUAUUGAAGUGCUCAUUUCUUUUGCUAUAUCACAACUUAUAUUGCCUAAGUAUUUAUUAUUAUGAAUCUUUUUUAUACCGAGGGGGUUGUCAGUUCUGAAA